AUGAACAAAGGUAGACGCGCUAGUCGUUGCGAAGCUCAGUCGGGGGACCGAACGAUCACCGUACCGAGUGCCUGCGUCGAAACGUGCGUCUUUGGCUCAAUUCUUCAGGAGUCAAGGUGUCCAAGGAAUGCUAUAACUGCUCGAGAGGAGGAGAAGCUGAAAGUGGUGAUGGUAAAACUGUUCAACCGGACCAAGAUCAAGUUCGACGAUACAAAGAUAGUCCGAAGUCCAGACUUAGGGGCCGAUCGCCGUCCUGUGCCUGCCGGAGAUUCGCCUCUCCGUCUUUUAGACGAAGGUCUGAGUCGUAGUGGUAAAUUCGAGGUGUUCUUAUUGGCAAUAAGCUCCUUGGCCACUGCUCGGCAUUACUGGGAUGGAAGAUGGUCACGAUUCUCUUCGAGGCUGGAGACUAAGAAGAUUGAAUUUUUCAAUAAUUCCAUGCCUAUAUUUCUGCUCUCAUCUCGCACAGUAAAGAUGCGUCAAACGUCCGGUAUUGCGGACACGAUUUCAAUUGUCCUGGAUCCACAGCAACCCAUUCACAAUGAAUCACCAACUGCACAGGGCCGACCGCCUUUCUGUGGACAUUUCAUGCCACCUGCAGGCUGCGGGAGGAUUGUCGUCAAGCUGCUCGUGACCAAAGGAAAGCAGUAUUUUUCUGUCGUCCGCUUUCAGAAACGUGGCUGGAUGAGGGUCAUGGGGUUAAGAGCAUAUGGGUCAUUCUCGUCAAGUCCGAAGCCAAAGAUCCAUGGGCCUUCUUUGAUGAUGCGCCCAGGGGGCUUUCGUAUGAGGAUAGGUCUGGAUGGAUUCGGUGUCCGCCAACCAGGAGGGGAUUAUAGACCGACUGACUUUAUGCGGUGGGGGCCAUUUGCCCUCGUAGCUCGAGGCCCUCAAAACAUCAUGCACCGUUCUUCCCCAUUCGACGUCUCUUUUCGGACACUCGGGUUUUUGCCUGAUGAUUGGGACCAGCGCACGCCUUACCGGGCCAUUGAAGGAUGCAGAGCUACUCUAGGAGCAACUUCCUUCCUGCCUGCCUGUUGCUACCACGGCACCACACGGAAAGGAUGUCGUUCUUUUUCGACGGCGCACGGUUCAACCUGUGAGCUGGAUGAGAGCUCGGUCCUCACGAACGAGAGGAGGGGAGAAGCAGAACGGGAAGAAAGACGACAUCCAGGCGAAGGUGGUAUAGAUGAUGCAGGCCUGCAGGGUGCAAACUGGAGGCGAAGAGCAAAUGACUUGUCCUCUCCCACCUCGAAUAAUUGCCUUCCAGCUGCUAGGGCGGAAAAUUUUUUGGGAGGCGUGAGGACCAGGAGGGCUUGCCUUUCCGAACGUCAGUUUAUCCCGCUGGCACAGGACGCGAUGACGACAUAUGAUUAUCCAGUGCACCUUCCUUCAGUCCAUGAACCACCUUGUCGUCGGUUCAGCCUUUCCGUUCAACAUCGCUUUGCUCCACGACCAAUGCGCGGGAAAAUACAGCACAGCAGACGAGCGAAUGUUUUCCUGAAGAUCAAUCCGGUGACCGCCAACCAGGAGGAUUAUAGACCAGCCAACUUCCUUCUCGUUUUUACGACUCGACUGUACAAAGUUCAGUAUGUGGUGGAGGAAACGUCCAGCUCGUAG